CCAGGGAUGUUGCCCAGGCUGUGAACAGGGGAGGCGGCGCUGUGGGGGCUGCCGGCAGCCAGGGCUGGGGAGAGACAUGUGGACACGUGGCCACCAUGGCUCCCACCUGCCAGAUCCUCCGCUGGGCCCUCGCCCUGGGGCUGGGCCUCACGUUCCAGGUCAUGCCACACGCCUUCCGAUCUCAAGAUGAAUUCCUGUCCAGUCUGGAGAGCUAUGAGAUCGCCUUCCCCACCCGCGUGGACCACAAUGGGGAGCUGCUGGCCUUCUCGCCCCUUGCCCCUCGGAGGCAUCGCCGGGGCACGGGGUCCACUGCCGAGUCCCGCCUCUUCUACAAGGUGGCUGCACCCAGCACCCACUUCCUGCUGAACCUGACCCGCAGCCCCCGCCUGCUGGCAGGGCACAUCUCUGUGGAGUACUGGACACGGGAAGGCCUGGCCUGGCAGAGGGCUGCCCGAUCCCACUGCCUCUACGCUGGCCACCUGCAGGGCCAGCCUGGCAGCUCCCAUGUGGCUAUCAGCACUUGUGGGGGCCUGCAUGGCCUGAUCGUGGCAGAUGAGGAAGAGUACCUGAUCGAACCCCUGCAAGGCGGGGCCAAGGGAGCCCGGGGCCCAGAGGAAAGUGGCCCCCACGUGGUGUACAAGCGCUCCUCCCUGCGCCACCCACAUCUGGACACAGCCUGUGGAGUGAGAGACGAGAAACCGUGGAAGGGGUGGCCAUGGUGGCUGCGUACCCUGAAGCCGCCACCUGCCAGGCCCCAAGGGAAUGAGACAGAGCGAGGCCAGCCAGGCCUGAAGCGCUCGGUCAGCCGAGAGCGCUACGUGGAGACGCUGGUGGUGGCUGACAAGAUGAUGGUGGCCUACCACGGGCGCCGAGACGUGGAACAGUACGUGCUGGCCAUUAUGAACAUUGUUGCCAAACUUUUCCAGGACUCGAGUCUGGGAAACAACGUUAACAUCCUCGUAACACGCCUCAUCCUGCUCACGGAGGACCAGCCCACCCUGGAGAUCACCCAUCAUGCUGGGAAGUCCCUGGACAGCUUCUGUAAGUGGCAGAAAUCCAUCGUGAACCGCAAUGGCCACGGCAACGCCAUUCCGGAGAACGGUGUGGCCAACCACGAUACUGCAGUACUCAUCACACGCUAUGACAUCUGCAUCUACAAGAACAAACCCUGUGGCACCUUAGGCCUGGCCCCUGUGGGUGGGAUGUGUGAGCGUGAGCGGAGUUGCAGCAUCAACGAGGACAUCGGCCUGGCCACGGCAUUCACCAUUGCUCAUGAGAUUGGACACACGUUCGGCAUGAACCACGAUGGCGUGGGGAACAGCUGUGGUGCCCGCGGCCAGGACCCAGCCAAGCUCAUGGCUGCCCACAUUACAAUGAAGACCAACCCCUUCGUGUGGUCAUCGUGCAGCCGUGACUACAUCACCAGCUUUCUUGACUCAGGCCUGGGGCUGUGUCUGAACAACCGGCCCCCCAGACAGGACUUUGUGUACCCGACUGUGGCGCCUGGCCAGGCCUAUGAUGCAGAUGAACAGUGCCGCUUCCAGCAUGGAGUCAAAUCGCGUCAGUGUAAAUACGGGGAGGUCUGCAGCGAGCUGUGGUGUCUCAGCAAGAGCAACCGGUGCAUCACCAACAGCAUCCCGGCCGCCGAGGGCACGCUGUGCCAGACGCACACCAUUGACAAAGGGUGGUGCUACAAGCGCGUGUGCGUUCCCUUCGGGUCGCGGCCAGAGGGCGUAGACGGAGCCUGGGGCCUGUGGACCCCGUGGGGCGACUGCAGCCGGACGUGUGGCGGCGGCGUGUCCUCCUCCAGCAGGCACUGCGACAGCCCCAGGCCGACCAUAGGGGGCAAGUACUGCUUGGGCGAGAGACGGCGACACCGGUCCUGCAACACGGACGACUGUCCUCCCGGCUCCCAGGACUUCAGGGAGAUGCAGUGCUCUGAGUUUGACAGUGUCCCCUUCCGUGGAAAGUUCUACACGUGGAAGACAUACAGAGGAGGGGGCGUGAAGGCCUGCUCACUCACGUGCCUAGCAGAGGGCUUCAACUUCUACACGGAGCGGGCAGCAGCUGUGGUGGACGGGACGCCCUGCCGCCCCGACACGGUGGACAUCUGCGUGAGCGGCGAGUGCAAGCACGUGGGCUGUGACCGGGUUCUGGGCUCUGACCUGCGUGAGGAUAAGUGCCGUGUAUGUGGUGGCGAUGGGAGUGCCUGCGAGACCAUCGAGGGGGUCUUUAGCCCCACCCUGAUGGGGGCCGGGUACGAGGAAGUCGUCUGGAUCCCCAAAGGCUCCGUCCACAUUUUCAUCCAGGACCUGAACCUCUCCCUCAGUCACCUGGCCCUGAAGGGGGACCAUGAGUCCCUGCUGCUGGAGGGGCUGCCAGGGACCCCUCAGCCCCACCGCCUACCCCUGGCCGGAACCACCUUUCAGCUGCGACAGGGGCCAGACCGGGCCCAGAGCCUAGAAGCCCUGGGACCCAUCAAUGCAUCUCUCGUUGUCAUGGUGCUGUCGCGGUCAGAGCUGCCUGCCCUGCGAUACCGCUUCAACGCACCCAUCGCCCGCUACGCACUGCCCCCCUACUCCUGGCACUACACGGCCUGGACCAAGUGUUCUGCCCAGUGUGCAGGCGGUAGCCAGGUGCAGGCUGUGGAGUGCCGCAGCCAGCUGGACAGCACCGCUGUGGCCCCACACCACUGCAGCGCCCACAGCAAGCUGCCCAAGAGGCAGCGUGCCUGCAACACGGAACCCUGCCCGCCAGACUGGGUUGUAGGGAACUGGUCGCGCUGCAGCCGCAGCUGUGAUGCUGGUGUGCGCAGCCGCUCGGUUGUGUGUCAGCGCCGCGUGUCAGCAGCUGAGGAGAAGGCGCUGGACGACAGCGCAUGCCCACGGCCACGCCCACCCGUGCUGGAGGCCUGCCAGGGCCCCGCCUGCCCGCCGGAGUGGGCGGCCCUCGACUGGUCUGAGUGCACCCCCAGUUGUGGGCCUGGCCUCCGCCACCGCGUGGUCCUUUGCAAAAGCGCUGACCAACGUGCAACACUGCCCCCCGCACACUGCCCACCCGCAGCUAAACCACCAGCCACCAUGCGCUGCAACUUGCGCCGCUGCCCUCCUGCCCGCUGGGUGGCGGGCGAGUGGGGUGAGUGUUCCGCGCACUGCGGCCUUGGGCAGCAACAGCGUGCUGUGCGCUGCACCAGCCACAUGGGCCUGCCGUCCCGCGAGUGCACUGAGGCGUUGAGGCCGCCCGCCACACAGCAGUGUGAGGCCAAGUGUGAGACCACACCCACCGAGGACGGCCCCGAAGAGUGCAAGGAUGUGAACAAGGUCGCCUACUGCCCCCUGGUGCUCAAAUUCCAGUUCUGCAGCCGAGCCUACUUCCGCCAGAUGUGUUGCAAAACCUGCCAGGGCCGCUAGAGGCACGCGGCACCCGGAACCACAGCGGGGCGCCGGCGACGGGGAGGGGGGUGUUCAGGCCUGCCCUUGGCGGGGCCGAGGGGCGGAGCAGGCGGAAGCUGGGAGGGAAGGGUAGGGUGGAGCUUGAAGUUAUUUAUUGGGAAGCCCUGCAGGCCUCCUGACUGGGGGAUGG